CGGUUGUUUUUUCUUGUUAAACAACAACUAGUGGAUUCAGAGAGUAACAUUUUACGAAAUUAUUAGGCUGCAACUAUGGAAGACAAAUUGAUUGUGGCAAAGACCAAACUGAUGUCAGCACUCGUAGACGGUGCUCCGGUUUACUUAAACAAUUUAAAGUUAUGGUUCAAAGGAAAGUACACGAGAGAAGAGUUUGAUAUUGCUUCGCGAAAGCUACUAGGUCCGCAUCAAAUCCACCUACACAACCAGUUCUUCCUGGCAAUUCUGAACAAAGUCGACGCACUCAAUCAACCACAAACGUCUUCACCAACAAAUUCGGCACACUUUCCUAAUAAAAGCGGAAAGAAACGAAAGCGCAGCUCCCGUGUCACAGAUCAGGCCACAUUCGAACCGGUGGAAAUUUACGAUUAUCUACCGGAUGAAUGUUCAGAAUUCGUACGACCGCCCACAAUUCCGGGUGGUUCGAGCUCGAGUCCGCCACCGAUUCCACCUCAACGAUUCGCAGUGCAAGAAUUAUUUCUGCCGGACAAUGGUUUAAUCAUGGGAAGACUGUUGGUAGCUGCUUGGGAAACGGGAGGAUUAGUAAACGCCGAUGACAGUUGCUGCGAAUUGAUUGUUCUGGCUGUACAGUUGCUGCUCAAGAACAUCAUCACAUCCAUACUUCUGAAGAAAAAAAGUUGUCGAACCACUUGUGGCGGUACCUACUUCUACGACAUUGGUCAUCCAGCCAAAGACAUUACAUUGCGCAACACAUUGGCUAGAAGUAAAAUCGACGAUGCGCCCAUCGAAAUCGACCGGGACAUUGUCGCAUGUCAUCGUCCAAGCAAUUCGGACAAUUCAGCAUUUCUGUCUGUGUGUGAAGAGCUGUAUCCGAUCCGCAGGAAACGAAUCUCCAUUUUGGAUGUGCAUCGAGCGUUGAUGGACAAAAAUGUCAUACCAAAUCAUUCGGUUCAUUCCAUAAACAUGGAACGAAUAUCGCACAUGUUGAAUUGAUGAGUGUAAGGUUUGGAGGUGGCAUUAAAGGCCGGAUUGAAA